CAUUAGACAGCAGCAGAAACCGAAAGUUUAGAAUAAAUAUAAUGUUGAUUGAGUCUGUCCAUGGACGGUAGCGGAAGUGCAAGCUACCGUCCACGCCCUCUAGCCCCGGGUUGAGCAAAACUCAACAUUUACACAUAUUAUAAGUACCAGAAUGUAAUUUAGAGUCAUCCGCAGAUGUAUUCAUACGGCGAUGCACAUGGAAAAAGCGGCGUAUGGUCCCCAGAUAAAAUAUUGGAUAAGAUAAAGAAGUCAAAAGUAUGACCGGAUUUAAGAGUGUUGAGGGUUGGUUAAUCUAUUAAAAUUAAGCAGUGUGCAAGCUUGUUCCGUGAUCGUUCUGUUUGAACAACGUACAGUAUUUCAAGGCAACACAUGAGUGAUGCGACAUGUUUUCCCUUGAUAUCAGAAUUAAGAUUAUUAUUGAAAGUUCUGUUAUUAACAAAUGACGUUUUCGUGGACUUGUGAUAAACUGGAACAAAUUCUUUGAAAUGGAAAUACAGUGAGUUUGUGCACUUAAAGUUACAGAAACUGGACGGAAAACUACUGGAUGUUCACUGUGUGUUUCCUUAUUUGUUGGGCAAAUUGGAUUCUUGUUUAUAUUUCUAAUCAGUAUGUAAACAUCACCCGAAGUCUGGCGUUGUUUGUUGUGCGUGUCAAAUUAUUUUUAUAAUCUCUGAGUAAAUUUGAAACUAUAUGGAUAUUGUUUAAUAAGUGUUGUUAUCUCUCAGUAUCCGGAACUACACAAAACCGUGUGUGGUGCUCAAGACUGUAGGACAAUCAUCUGAUUUUUCGUGUAGCCAUGUGAACAAUCCUGGGGCUUCUUUAGGCCGAGGAGUUGAAAAAUUUACCUGCGCGUCAGGUCGAUGCAUUGAUUUUUAUAUUUGGAGAACAUUAGUCACAUCGUGUCUAAUGAUAACUUUAUUGUAAAAUGUUUUAUCUGACCUGGAUUAGUAAACAAAGUAAUCAGCGCCAGACUAGAUACGCUGGUCAACAGUAGUACGUGAAUAGGUGGAGCGUAUGGAUUUAUUUGCCAUCGUUACACUGAUUGCAGGUAUUAGGACUUACAACAGAAAAUGGACGACCAUAUAAGGAAGUUAAAUGAUAAUCUAAUCUCGUUAAUACGUGCUGGAAACAAGGCCCAGUAUGACUUGUAUACUACAAGCAGAGUAGCGGAAGAUUCUGUCCGGGCCUUUCAGACAGAACAGAAGGAAAGAAUUGACGAGUUAGCAGAGAAGUCUAUAACAGAAAUAAGGGAUAUAACUGAGGGCAGAAGGGAGGCCAUAAACAAAGUCCUUCUAGAGCUUACUGGACAUUUAAAAGUGCUCUCAGACGGUAUAUACAAAGACAGUAACAUAUGUCAAGCAAGAGAGUACGUAGACUCGUUGAAUAAUGAUGCGUUUCUUCAAGACAACACAGUCUGUUUCGAAGGUAACCUUGAUCUUGCAGAAUCAUUGCUGUCUGCAUCACGUCUUGGUCGAUGCCAUUUAAAUUCAGACGAUACCCUACUUGGAAAAUGCAGUAAUAUUGCAAUAGAAACAGAGGAAAAGACAUAUUUUAUGCCGUUUUGGUAUCAGACAGGCUGUCGUGUGGCUGGGGAACACAGCUGGACAACGAGCUCAUUGCCUUCGAUAUCAGAUAACAACUAUUACGAUACCGUGUCCGUUUCAGAAUCACAUUUAACACUAACCAGCUGUAAAGAAUCAUUCAAACGCCCUAAAACAGAAGACAAAAUUCUGAACGAACCAGAGGAACACACAGUUUUUAGAUAUUUCGGACAAUUCGAGACCUACAAACACAGGACUCCUUGUGUAAUACCUGAUAUAACGUUACUAAACGAUAUGAAACUAGUUCUCAUAGAUCACUAUCAUAACAGUAUCCAGCUGUUCUCGAAAGAUUUCUUCCAGCUUGAUGAGAAAUCGUGUCCCUAUCCUAUGGGAUUGUGCAGACUUAGCAACAAUUGUAUUGCGGUGACCUUACGCCGAACGGGCCAAAUAGCUAUAUUUCAAGUGCAGAAGACGAAAUUGCAACAAAAGCGGACCAUCAGAGUACAGUGUGACUCGUACCUAUGGCAAGUUACAUACAAAUUAUCGCAACUUUUCGUUGUCUGUGAUGAAAAUGAUAUACAUGUUUUAGACACAAAUGGACAUGAAUAUUGUGUGAUUCGAUCUGGAGUUUCAUCAGAACACGGGUAUUUACGUUACUUUGACGUAAACGACAAAGAUCAUCAUAUUUAUUUGAGUGAAAGGCGCGGGUUGCGCUGCAUAGAUUUCAUAGGAAAGUUGCAAUGGCUGUUUACGAAUGAUGAUUUCCCGGUGCAAGAUCGGGACAAACAAGGGCACGCAAUCGAAGAUGUUUGCUACCACAACGGAAAGAUUUUAGGAGCACGCUGGACUCUUAGUAAGAUAUUUCAGAUCUCCACCGAUGGCAAAUUUCUUCGGAAUAUAAUAACUGAUCAUCUUGAACAUCCUCGCGUGAUGUCCGUGCUAGGGAACAGACUUGUCGUGACCCAGUUCUAUCCUGUUAUGAAACCAGUUGACCGGAGGACUGUAAAAGUAUUUGAAAUGGAUAGUUAUGAUUAUUUGUGUUAAUGAAUUCAGACAGUAUUAGGAUAGUUUGGAGAAUCUGAAAUAAGAUGAUAAGUCUCUGAGGCGGGAAAAAUCUUGCACUUUUCAUUAUCUAUCAUUAUUAGACCCAGUCAAACCUAGUCUGAUAUUUUUGUUGUUUGCGCUCUAUGCUUUAUUAAUAUAUUUACAUAUUAAAUUUUAUUUCACUGUAAUAAAAGCAGUUUUAAGUGUU